AUGAUAUCCAACGCCGACUCGUUCAGUAUCUCACCAAGAGCGUUGACAGCUGAUGAGUUGGGAGUACCAGCUUGUGCUGACAACAAUGAUUGUGUUGCUGGCGGCAUCUGUGUUAAAGAUGACACGAAUGUUGGGAGGUGCAUGUGUUCAAGUUCAUGCCCUUUGAGUAAGUUUAAGUCUAAGACAAGGAAGUAUAUAGGAAAGGGUAAGAUAAGGUAGAACAGUUCGGGUGGGGUAGAUUAAAGUAUGGCAGCGUAAGGUAGUGUAAGGUAGGGUAAAGUAGGGUAGGAAAGGGUAAAACACUAAUUUCGUAUUAAAACUUUCAAGUCAAAAGACAAAUUUUGUCUUCAUAACCAGCUGUUGUAGAUAUACCAGUACAAUGCUUGUCGCAAAACGAAAACUCGUGUAUAAAUAUGGGUGACAGCUACAUGAGAAAAUACGAUUUUCACCUACCAGUGUGCUACGCGAACAGGUGCAUCUGCCCUCCAAUAUUCGAACCCAUCCCGAUUCAACCGCCGGUACCCGGCCUCAAGGCCAUGUUACCUAUGAAGUGUGAUAAACGUACGUUUUAGCUAACCCUACGUAGCUGAUAAAGCUUUACAUGAACAAACAUUACAUAUAAGCCUAGUUUAUGCUGAUCUUUUAUAAAUCUUACUAAUUUCAGGUGAUCUCUCCGCAAUGAUAGUAGCCUCACCGUCUGAUUCGGCCUACAAAGGCACCCAAACCACAAUAUUUUGUUGUAUCAACCUAGACCCUCGUGGCUACAUUCCAGAGAACGGUGUUUACUUUGUUCAGAACGGCACUAGGAAGCGAGAAGCCAGCUCUUCACCGUACGAGAACUUCUCGCGCGACAUUGACACAUUGUUUACUGUGCCAACAUGUUGGGCUUUGACAAUAACCAACGUACAACCGAGUGACAGCGGGACUUAUCAGUGCAUCGUACAACCAAUGAGUGCCAAGUUCAAAACUGUCAACACGAUUAUGGAGUUUGUGGUUAAAAGUGGGUUUUUUGAAAUUUGAAAUUUGUUACAGUAAACAGGAUCGUAUUAUUCUUUAGGUUAUUUACUUUUAGACUUAAUUUUAAAAGUUUUUAAAAUAUUUUUUACCCAAUUUUUAAUUCUACAUACCACGAUACACAUUUUUGCAAACUACACUUCACACACAAUUUAAUGGUACCCUUAAAUGUCUAACAUUUUGUUCUUUUUGUAUACAGUAAAAGCAAGAAAUCAUACUCAUUAGUAAGAAUUAUUUGUUCAAAACCUAAAAUACAAAAAGUAACCUCUUAAUAACAGAGCACCGCCGUUUCCGACGGCAGAGAAUUGUCGCGUAUCACCAGGUCGUUCGUAAGUAGCGUGCGGUAUUUUGAAUACUACUGACUGCGGUUUUGAAGUUUGUAUAGAUAUAACUAAUCAACCUGAACUCUUUUUACCUUGUCGUAACCUCUUUCUUUUACCUAUAUUUUUUGGCACCUUAACAGUAAAACCUCUGGGAACAUUACAGUGAAACCCCUGUAUAAACAACCUAACUUGCCUUAUUAUAUCCUACCCUUUUUUCGUUACAAAGGAGUUCGGUCAAAAAGGAGUUAGUUAUAAAUUAGGUCAUUAGGUGAAUUUAUGUAUUUAAUGUUACCUACAAAUUUACCAAAUUCCCUCAUACCAAACUAAUUUAUGACAGUCGGUUGUCUGCAAAGAAGUCUGUCAAAAUUCGCCCUUUUUAUUUUUUUAAAGGAUGGAUAACAAGAGCUACAUCAUGUGCGUUAUUUUUUCGUCGACAAAUCACUUUACUCUUCUAAUUCAUUUACUUUCCAAAGUUAUAUCAUUAUUGUAGGGUUAGUAUCGUUACCUCAAUGCUAUUGUAGUAUUAGUACCAUUAGUUAAAUCUUAUCGUAUUAUGAGUAUUAUUAGUUGGUGAUAAGAUCCAGGUUCCCAAACUUUACUAAAUUUUCAUACCUUACAACACAGUACGCGUGCCUAAAAUAACAAGAUUUUGACGUGCCCAGUAAUAUGUGUACUAUGAAGCGCCUUGUACUCUAACUCUUUUACUUAAACCUAAAUUCAAGCCUACAAUAAUAUUGUUCUUUCAGCCCCUCGCAUGAUACAGAACGUGACGAUACAACCGAAUGCGACGACAGCUCUGAUUCAAUGGGACAUGUCUGAAGGUCCGAUGCUCAAGAUCGACCUCGAACUGUUUCGUCGUACUGACAGGAAAACUCGAGUUUGGAGGAAGACAAAUGCCAAGUCGCCAGUUCUAAUCGAACGUCUGAAUCCGGCUACACCGUACACUUUGUUCGUAACAGUCAUCGAUGGUCAAACGGAACCGUUUAGGCUUACUGAACAGUUUCAGACUGACGAAAACAGUAAGUUACUACGAUUUGAAAUUGUAAAUUCAAAAAAAAAUUUUUUGGGAGUUUAUUCCAUUCUUAUGAUACCGUAUUCUUUUACCAAAGCACAUUUCGACAUCCUUUUAUUAAAAUGUAUAAUACCUUCAGUAUCCGACCCGCCAGUCCUCGAAGACAUCCGACUGAUCAACGCCGAGAACGGCCGUAGUCAAAUGUGUGAAGUCGAAUGGAAACCGCCCAGAUGGCCUCGAGGUCACAUUACCAAAUACUAUGUUAAGGUAGAUGGCAAAGUACGCUACCAAGCGGGAGAUGGCAAGGAAGUCGUCGGUCCUCAUCAUCCUUCCGGAAUAGACUCUUGUUCGAACUACGAUGGCGAUGAAGACAACUUCAUUGACCCUCAGAACUUCCACAACUUCUUCGCCUGCAAGUACGGUCCUCUGAAGCCGAACAGAAACUACUCGGCUACAAUUUGGGCCGAAAACAAAGCAGGAAAGUCAGAAGCUGUCACCUUCCACGAACAAUGUGUCAUGGACUAUGCUGAGCCCGAGUUCAUAAGGCCUCCAGAAACCUUGUCACGGACCAACACUUCAUCGUUCGGCCUCGAAUUCCCUCAAGCUCCAGACGAAACAAACGGCCCAAUCGCUUGCUAUUACCUUGCUAUUGUCCCGCUACAAUCUAAUAUCUCAGUAGAUGCCCUCCCACCUCCAGAACAGAUCGUAAUGGACACGUACGACAAGGUUCUUCAGAACAACAUCCACACAGCCUACCAUCCCAACAACAGAUUCUUUGCCUACAUCGCCGAAAGCUAUAUGCAAUACCCAAAACAGACGGUCGUGGGUGAUGGAGACACGAGAGGAGGAGUUGAUCCAUGCAAUGUGUUAUACUUGACCAGGUAUCAGCCCAACGACGCUGCUCUGGCUCCCGAUCUAAAGUACACUGGCUUCAUGAUCGUUAGAGUCGACAGAGACAACAACCUGCAGAAAGCUGUGGACACAGAAGAUAGUCGAAGAUAUCGACCAAUUAUGAGCAGCAUUUCACCAGCUGAUCUGUUAAUCACGGCUCCAUUGAACGGUCAGAGGCCACGGAACGGCUACAGGAAGAACGACGAUAUGGGACGGUGGAGAAGACAACUCUCAAGCUCUGAUCCAGCCUACGGCUUCAGCGGAUACUUUAAACCGGUUAUUCUUCAACCACAAAACAGCGCUGGCAAUGGCUGGUUCGAAUUGACAUUGAUAAUCUUGGCCGUCCUGUUGUUGGUCCUGUUCGCUGUGGUCAUCGUUUUGUAUAUGUUGCAUAAGUAAGUUAAAACCAUUAAAACAUAAAAAGUACCCGGUAAAAAAAAUAAACAAAUACACUAUUAGUCAAAAAUACAUUAUUUUAAAUGUUUUGAAAGGUUUUUUGCGCGCUAAAUUCAAAUUUAUCCGAAAAAUGCCAAUUAAAAUCUUUCGUGCCGGGACCCAGAGCAUGGCUUUGUUUUUGCCGAAACCAAACUGGUCCUAAAAUAUCUGGACCAAACCACAAUAAUAAUAUUAUAUUAUACUACCCGGGCCGGGCCCAAUCAUUUUUUAGCCUAAUUUUUAUUUUUUACUGAAAUUUUCAUUAAAUUAGCGAAAUUUUGAGCUAUCUUAACUUAAAAUGGAUAGUGUUUUACUCAAAAAGUAAGUCAACUUUCUUGUUUCUAAUAUCUUGACCUCGAGGCAUUCUAUUUUACGUUGGUCUUGACACGAAAUUAUCCAGAAGCGCUCUCGAUUUCAAAAGUUUCAACGAAAAAAUAAGUUUGAAAAUUGAUUUUUUAUGAAAAAACUAAAAUUUUUAAGCUUAUCUUCUUUUAGGCGAGGAAUAAUCAAAGCCUUUUGUCCUGCCAUCAAGAAGGAACAUCAAAGGAUUCGUAAUGUGUUCAAUCCGAUCCCAGUCGACGAUUUGGCCACGGAAUACAUGAUCAAACACAAAGACAGCGACUUUCUGUUCAACGCCGAGUUUGAAGCUCUACCUCGGGCCAAGAAUCUGCCUCAUACGGCUAGCGAGAAGCAGGAGAACAAGAGCAAGAACCGUUAUAAUGAUAUCAAGGCGUGUGACAUUACUAGAGUCAAGUUGAGUCAGAUCAAUGAAAUACCUGGGUCGGAUUAUGUGAAUGGCAACUUUGUUAAGGUAAGUGGGUUUUUAGGUAACAAAUGUUGAGUUUUUGGUUGUUUUAGGUAUUAUAAUUCUUUAUGAAAGAGUUUUGGAAUUUAUUUUGUCAAAGUUUAACUAAGAUUUGUUACCUAAAAUAAUAUUUUUUAAAUUUUUAGGGAUACAACGAUCGGAAAACGUUUAUCGCUACCCAAGGGCCAUUGGAAAACACCGUAACGGACUUUUGGAGAAUGAUAUACGAACACAAUUGUCGUAUAAUCAUAAUGGUCACCAAUUUACGUGAACGCGGCCGAGAACAAUGUGCCAAGUAUUGGCCGGACGAUGAUAGUGAUGAGCCGUUGUUGGUGGGGAAUAUGUAUGAAGUUCAUACCCUGGAUACGAAUCUUUACGCUGAUUACACGAUGAGGGAGCUCAGGUUACAGCCUCUACCUCCAUCUUCACCAACAAUCCAUCAUUCCAAAAGUUUCUCUAGGGACGGACCUUCGAGUCCAUUGUUGGAUUCUUCUUAUUCUAGAGGUUCAAUUAACUUGGAUUCAUCUCAGUAAGUUGAAUAAGUUAACUGGUUUUGUAGUUUUGAUGGUUUCCUUGAACGUUUUGUUAGAGUUUACUCAUUUUCAGCACCAAAAUGGGUAUUUAGGGAAUAUUUUUGUUGAUUUUGUUAGGUUUUGAUGUUAUUUUAUAGGAAAUUAGUGUCUUUAACGAAAUAUAAAUAAACUGAAUCAAUUUUCAUACCCAAUUUUACAGAAGAACGCCGUCCCGCUUGGCAAACAGGUCCGAUUCAAUGUCUUCGCCUUCUCCGAAGCCAGAUGCCGACUAUGCCAACCUUCCUCGCCGACCAGGAUCUACGAACUCGAACAGAAGUAGCCAAAGACAUGCUCCAACUGAGCCAAUGAAAGUUCUCCAGUUUCAUUUUACAGCCUGGUCUGAUUACAAAGCUCCUGAAUGCACUGUCAGCCUUCUUCGUCUGAUGUACAAGUUGAGGAAGAUGGACGAAUACAAUCGAUAUCCAGUUGUUGUUCAUUGCUCAGCUGGAGUGGGAAGAACGGGAACCUUUAUUGCAAUUGACUAUAUAAUGGAUCAAUGUAAGGCCGAAGGGAAGGCUGACAUUUUUGGGUGUAUAUCCAAGCUUCGAAUGCAGAGAAACUUGAUGGUGCAGUCGUUGGAGCAGUACGUGUUCAUCUACAAGGCUUUGGCUGAAUAUCAGUUGUAUGGGAUUAGUGACGAGCAUGUGGACGACUUCUUGACUCACUAUCAGAAGUUGAGAAGUCCGGUCAACAAGAGAGAACGACAUUUGUCGAUGACUGAACAGAAGAUUAAUGAUGAGGGAAAGAGUAAUGGAGUGGUAUCUUCUCAGAACGGUACUACUUAUGUCAGAAUCGAUCCGAAAGGCAAUGAAAAGACGGUUUAUUUUGAGAGGAACAAGGCUAAUGGACAGAAUGGUGUCGGAGCUUUGUUUAAUCAGAAGUUUAAACAGUUAAGGUAGGUGUUGAGGGGUUCUUUUGGGCUUUUGAUGGAUAUUUUAUGGUUUUUAGGUGAUUUGUAGUGAUUUUUUGUUUGUUUAAAGUUAGUUUACAUAUAAUUUUAGCCUUUAAACUUGUAAAACAAGUCUUUAAGAUCUGUUUUUAAAGAGGAAAAGCUAAAAUUAGGUAUAACAAACAUAUUAGCUUUAUAUACUUGAUGCUCUUUUCAGAAGUGGCUCAAUGGCUGUGGUAGACAACUCGAAGCCUUCCUUACUAGACGAAGAAUACACACGGCUUCAACAGAACAUCGAGAAGCCUCGCAGCACUCAAUGGGCUCACAAAAGCGAACAUUCCGGAAGGAAUCGCUUCGACGAUGCGGUACCAUACGACAGCAACCGAGUUAUACUGGCACCAUUGUUGGAAUAUCCGAAUACCUACAUUAAUGCAUCGAAUGUUAAGGGAUACUUUUAUCCAUUCGUCUUGGCACAAGAUCCAAUGGGACCGGAAACGGCUUUCGACUUCUGGAGAAUGGUCAACGAUCAGAAUAGCUGCACUAUUGUCAUGUUGAGUCCGGAUGAGAGCUUCACACCCAAAGAGAAGGUGAGAAUGGUUGAUUGAGGCGGAUCUUGGUUUUUAAAGGGUGUUUUUUUAUCAGGUUGCUACGGUUUUGGCUAUAUAUAAUAGAAAAAAGGCUAUUUUUUGAUCUGAUCUUUAAAAAAAUGUAAUUUGGAGUGAACUUUUUGUACCUAUUCUUUACAGUAAUAAAAGGAUCGUAUUUUACCUUCUUCUUUCAGUAUUGGCCAUUCAGCCCAUUAACGACCGAAUACCUUGGCUUGAAACAAGAAUUGGUAUUGCAGUUGAGAAGUGAAAUCAAAUAUACCAACUACAUCGAAAGGAAAUUAAGUUAUCUUUUCAAGGUAAGUUAUUCAAUGUAUAUAUUGUAAUACAUGAAGAUUACUAGGUUCUUACGCUGGUUUAGGAGGAGUAACUUGCUCAAAAUGACAGUUUUUGGGCCUUUCAUUGUGAAUUUUAAGUUGAUAUAGUAAAUAAAUUAAAGCAAAGUGAAAAACUUGAAUUUUUUUUGAGAUUGUAGGUUAUUUUUGAUCGAUUUCGAUUGAAAUUAAAGUAUAUUUUUCAUGUUUUAAAUUGUAAAUCGACCUUAUAUUACAAAAACUUUCAGUCCGACCGUCAAAACUCGAUGGGCCGCGAAGUAACUCAGUUUGCAUAUCGUCAUUGGCCGUUAGGAGCUCCAACACCAAGCGACACUGCCAGUUUCCUCGAUCUGAUCGCUUCUGUUUUGGAACAUCAGAGCAGUUUCUCCGACCCCGGACCGAUUAUCUUACAUUGUCGAGAUGGAUCGUAUGAAAGUGGAGUGUUCUGUGCCAUCAGUCUGCUGUUGGAACGUUUGAGGGCCGAAAAGAUGGUCGAUGUCUUCCAGACGGUCAAAACGCUACAGAAUCAACGGCCAAAGAUGCUUACGAGAAUGGUAAGGGUUGUGGGAUUUUGGGAUAAUAAGGGUGUUGUAGUAGGUGAUAUUAGUAAAUGAGUUCUUUGAGGGAUUGAAUGUGGUGUAACUAAAUAAGGAGGUCAGGGAUGUCGCUACGAUUUUUUUCUGGGGGGUGGAAACCCAAAAAAAUUUUUGGUCCACAGGUAGCUGCUACCUGUGGACCGAUUUUUCGAAAUUUUUUUUUCGUUUUUCCACGUACAGGUACUUGUAAAUUUUUUUUCGGAUCUGCUUUGGGGAGGGGGGGGGGAGUCACCCCGAACCCCCAAACGUCCCUGAAGGAGGUUCAUACUGAAAAGGUUUUAUUGUAUUUCAAAAGAUUACUGUAAAAUAAAUUUAGAUGUACUGUAUUUCAGGAACAGUACUCUUUCUGCUACGACUGUGUGGCCGACUAUCUGGAAACGGCUUAUCACUGA